AUUUAUAUAUCCACGUGGACUGGUAUUUGACCGGUGGCUCAUUCCGGGACCUCAGGUCCCGGAUCUGGCCAAUUAUCAGCACAGGGUUUGGCAGAAAGGGGGAAAAUUGAAGAAGAUACCAGUAGAGUCAGUCGAGGUCCAUCGAGAUCCGAUCAUGGAGUUUCUGGACGAAUACGAGAGCCGGCCGAGGUUUCUAUUCCAAUCCAAGCAGUCGCCGCAAUCCACAGGUACAGAUCGCGAUCCUCACUCUGCUGUUGCUUCUUCGUUGCUAUCAUCUGUCCGCAAGCCCUCCUUCAUCGUUUCGGUUUCGAUUUCGCUCGUUCUUAUCGCAAUCGCCUUCGUUUAUUUGAAUUCCGAGCCGAUGAAAUCCAUCCUCUUGUGGCUCGCAUUGUCUCUCCUUGUCGGUCCCUUUGCGCCGCCGUCGCUCACCGCCGGGGACGUCCGCGUCGGCCUCGGUCCGCCGCUCGAGGAGGAAAGCCCUAGCAAUUCAAUCGAAUCUACCGAGAAAUCGGCUAGAAGAUCGACGAAGACUAGGAAGAAGGUUUCGGACGAUUCCGAGGGUUUUUCAGAGAAAUUAACGAUUAUCGACGGAGCUAAUGUUGAUUCCGCCAUUAACGAGUCGAAAAGAUCAAGUAAAGCACCGAUCGCGACGAAAUUCGAGGAGGAAAGUGAAUGGAGUGAAGCGGAUGAUGAGUUGUUGAGGAAGUUCAUGGCAAAGCAUCCUGUAGGGAAGCCAGGGCGAUGGGAAGCCAUAGCCGAGGGUUUCAAGGGGAAAUUCAACGUGGACACCAUUAUAUCAAAAGCUAAAGAAAUUGGUGAGAGAAAGAUGAGUGAUCAUCAGGAUUCUUUCAAGAAGUUCUUGAAGGAUCGAAAGCCUGUCGAUAAACGCGUUCUCGACGAAUCAGGGAAUGAGAUGAACCCCGAAACCAGCAGUCCAAACCAGAAUUCGAAUUCGGAAGCAGGGAAGAAGGAGAUCGGAUGGAGCAGUGCUGAGGAUUUGGCAUUGCUGAAUGCACUCAAGACAUUCCCGAAAGAUGUGACAAUGCGGUGGGAGAAAAUCGCGGCUUCAGUUCCGGGGAAGACAAAAUCAUCCUGCAUGAGGAGAGUGACAGAGCUGAAGAAAGGUUACCGAAGUUCGAAGACUUCGUCAGGGCAAUCUUCGUAGGCAAAUGAACACUUUCAGAAAUGAAAUGUAUACGAGGGUUUUGAUUUGCAUUCAGUGAAUCAAAUCGAAUCUAACCAGCCAUUGUUAUCUCUUUUCUAGUGGCUUUCCUGCUCGAAGGUAAUGAAUACAGCCGUGUUUUCGGUGGCAUUUGUCCUUGAUAGGUAACAUAUGGUGUGCUUGAUUAAAUGUUGUUUAGAUAACGAACAAUGUGCUCGAUUCAACUUUGUUGCCGAUAGUUUAUAGCAAUAAAAACUUAGGGGUUUGUUUCUUUUAA